AUGCCAAAUGGUGCUUCCGUUCAGACUGAAUUAGUCGUGGACACGGGCUCUUUGGUGUCAAUCCUGCCUGCGGUCGUGUACAAACGACACUUUUCGGAUUGUUCUCUUACUGCUCCUAAUGUGAAACUGGUCACGUACUUGAAAGAAGACAUUCCUGUGAUAGGAUGCUUACAUGCGGACGUCUCACUGAAUAAAAAAGUAACCACUGCUUGUUUUUACGUUGUGAAAGGUGGCUCUGCUUUGAUGGGCAUGGACUUAAUUCGGGCUUUGAACUGUUCAUUUCAUUUUGGUACUGUUACUGCACCUGACGAACUACAUGCAGUUGUUGGUGAAACUAUUCCUGCUCCAGUUACUUCUGUGGGGAGCGUGAAAGGGUUUGUUCAUAAGCCUACAGUUAAACCUGAUGCUACUCCAGUUCGACAGAAGCUUCGUCGACUUCCAUUCUCUGUGCGACAAGCUGUUUCUGCAGAACUGGACUCGAUAUUGCAAAAUGGCAUAAUUGAGAAAAUUGAUUCUUCCCCGUGGAUUUCACCUAUUGUUGUCACCACGAAGAAAGGGGGUAAAAUACGUCUCUGUGUUGAUCUGCGUGAGCCAAACAAGGCCCUGAUUGUUGACAGCCAUCCUCUGCCGCAUAUAGAUGAACUGUUGAGUGAACUAAGCGGCUCAUCAGUGUUCACUACAAUUGAUUUAGCGGCUGCUUACCAUCAGCUUACCUUACAUGAGGACUGCCGGGACAUCACAGCUUUUAUUACGCAUGAUGGUCUCUUCAGGUACUGCCGGGUUCGCGACGGCCUUGCUUCCGCGCCAUCGGCGUUUCAAAAGAUGAUGGAAACUGUCCUGAAAGGCAUUCAUGGAGUAAGGAACUACCUGGAUGAUAUCAUAGUGUAUGGUGCCACCCAGGAAAGCCACGAUACGACGCUGCGCUCAGUCAUGCAGCGCUUGUCAGGAGCAGGACUACAACUGAACCGGGACAAGUGUACGUUCAGCCAGUCAUCCUUAAAGUUCCUUGGACACGUUGUUUCCAAACAUGGAAUUUUCCCAGAUGAGGAACACAAGUCUGCGAUCACUGAGGCUCCUGCGCCGCAUGAUGUUGCGUCCUUGCGCUCAUUUCUGGGACUGAUUUCAUGGUACAGCAAGUUUUUGCCGAACUUUGCUUCUGUUGCUGAGCCGUUGCGUGCGCUACUGAGAGAUACGUCAGAUAUUAAGUUUGCCUGGACUGUGUCUGCUGAACGCAGCUUCAAAGAGCUGAAAGACCUGCUUUCUGGAAGUCAAGUGCUUGCGUUGUUUGACCCGUCCCUUUCCACUAUAGUGUCGACUGACGCUUCUGACUAUGGCCUGGGUGGGGUUUUGACACAAAUACACCCAGACCGUGUUGAAAGGACUGUAGCGUUUGCUUCCAGAACCCUUACUGCAGCUGAAAGGAAAUAUUCUACGGUCGAGAAGGAGGCGUUGGCUUGUGUCUGGGCCAUAGAAAAGUGGCGGCCGUAUCUGUGGGGUCGACACUUUACGCUUAGGACUGACCAUUCUGCGCUCACUACACUGUUGGCAACCAAGGGAAUUGGCCGGGCCGGGAUGCGGGUCGCCCGGUGGUCGGCACGGUUGCUUUGUUACACAUAUGAUGUCAUCUACCGACCUGGACGUCUUAAUUGUGCUGCAGAUUGUCUGUCCAGGCUGCCACUACCGACAGGAAAUGAUAGUGCUGUGGAACCAGAAAUGGUUGCUUUCGUUACUGGGGUGCCUACAUUGUCUACUGAGGAUUUCUUAGCUGCUUCGGGAGCCUGUCCAGAGUUAACCCAGCUGCAUUUGCGAAUCGGGCAGGGCUGGCCGAAAAAAUCCUGUGACCUGGAUCCUGUUCUGGUGCCCUUCUUUCGUAUUCGUGAUGAACUUUGUGUGGAUGGUGUGCUAGUGAGGAGAGGCGAACAUCGUGUUCUUGUUCCUUCUACAUUGCGCUGUAAAUUGAUAAGCCUGGCACAUGAGACACACCAAGGAAUUGUUCAAAUGAAACAGCGGCUGCGUGAAUUAUUCUGGUGGCCGCAGAUGGAUGCUCACGUGCAGUCGGCUGUUUCUUCCUGCUUAACAUGCCAACUGAAUGACAAAUCGGCUAAAACAGCUCCGGCUCCUCUUCAGCCUGUCAGUCUGCCGUCUGGGCCAUGGCAGAAACUAGCGAUCGAUAUCGUUGGACCGUUUGAGAGAGGGCCUUCCGACUGUCGUUUUGCCAUUUGUCUCGUGGACUAUCAUAGUAAGUGGCCUGAGGUAGCAUUUUCUCCAAAUGUCACUGCUGAGGUGGUCACAUCAUUCCUCCAAUCAGUGUUCAGUAGAGAGGGAAAUCCCCAGUGUGUUGUGACUGACAACGGGCCUCAAUUCACCUCCAGUGUGUUUGCAGCUUUCUUAGAGGAGAGAGGAAUAAGUCACAUGCGUUGGAGCAUGUAUUAUCCACAAGGGAAUGGUGCUGUAGAAAGGUGGAAUAGAGUCCUGAAAGAAUGCAUCCUUUCUGCUGGAACAGAUGGGGAAACCAUGGAAACAUGCAGUGACUGA